AUGUCGUCCUUGUUUGAAAAGUGCCCGGCGUGCAAUGCGAAGACCUCUGGACAUUUAUUCUGUUCAUCGCCAUGCCGCUCAUCCUAUCUAUCGCCAUCACACAUCCAAAUUCCCGUCAAUACCCCCGACGGAGGUAGAAGGAAUUCUUCUGCGUUCCCGUUUGAGAUCAAGCGCCCUCAAGCUCCGUUGCGUAUGAAGACAUACCACACGAUAUACAGCAACCCAGGGGCGCAGCACAUCAAUCCUAAAUCGCCUGCGCAGACUGGAAUGCUCAGCCCGAAUGAACUCAAGCAGUACGAAGACUAUUUCGAUCAAGAUCGGGCCUUGAAACGACGCAGUGUCUCGUCUACGAACACACACGAUUAUCCGGUCACGGUUUUGCCAGCCGACGAAUAA